UGGAACCACGAGUGAURUGGAGUCGGUCGAGGCAGAAGGAUAGAAAUGUGCACAUAUUUACAGUAAAUUCUACUUGCAUAGCUUAGAAAUUGCACGAGAACAUUGGUGAUGAGAUUUAGAAUGGCACGAUUGAAGCAAACUCCGGUAAARUCUUCACCUCCACAAAAAUCGGACCAGAAAUCGACACGAAAACGGCGCAAAGCUGCCAAGCGCGGAGCAACGGACUUGGCUUCUGCAGCAAGCGUUGGGAAAAGGCAACGAUYACWGUCAAAAACUGAAUCUAGAGUAUCAAAAACACAGAAAAAGUCUAGAGUUAAAGGGGGUGUUUCAGAUGAGUACCUCCCCCCUGAACUGCGUCAGGCUGGUCUUCUUGCUCAUCAAAGCAUUGUCAAAGGAAAGUGUUUUGGGCCUUUCAGAGGACAGUUUAUAAAAACAGGGAAAAAAACUCACGAUGACCAUUGCUUURUAUGCAAGAUCAAAGGUGURGAUAAGUUGACUUAUCUGUUCUAUGUUCACAAUGAUGAACAAGAGAAGUGUAUGUGGCUGCAAAGGCUUCAAAGUGCAUCCAGUAAAAAGGCUCAAAAUAUUGUAGCAUACAAGUCUGCUGUUGGUGUGUGUUAUGAGGCGACAUGUGAUAUCAAACCAGGSGAAGAACUAUUGGUUCUUUAUGACGAUACUUAUGGAGGUAAACGUUAUCCUGCAUAUGUAGAAGACAUUCCUGUCCACUUUGUUCCCCAUUCUGAAGCAGGACGACUGCARGUGGUGCCACUUGACGACAACCCAGCCACAGCUACUAACCAACAAAAAGGAGCAGAGAAUGAAGAAACAGUUGAUGAGAACAGCAGGGAAGAAGAUSAACAUGAURAUGAUAACAAUGAUGAUGAUGACAAUGAUGAGAAACAGGAUGAUGGUGAUGAGAAUGAAGAUGAGGCUGCAGUUGACAGCAAUGAUGCUGAUUACGUGGAUGACRAUGAGCAGGACGUAGUUGAAAUGGAUGAUGACAGUGACAGUGACUACAAACAGAAAAAAAGAGGCAAAAGAAAAGGCAGGAAACCAAUACUGAGAAGGAAGAUCAUUUUCCAAGURUAUGAAAUCAAGACUUUGGAAGAACAGAGCAAUACAGAAACCUUAAAAUACCAGUGUAGCUACUGUGGUACAGUACAUCCUAACAAAGAAGAAGCUGACCAGCAUGUCUCCUCAGAAAUCUGUAAAGAUAAAGAGUUUAUAUGUAAAAAUUGUGGCUGUCUCUUUGAAAGCAAUUUCAUAAUGACCGCGCAUAAAUGUAUCAAGUAUCUAAAGUGUUCAGUAUGUGACACAGUGUUCUUGAGCAACAAGUUGUUAUUGCAACAUACAAGAAAAGCUGCAAAAGAUGAUAGCCACAAACCAAGGUGUUCACAAUGCCUUAUGGAUUUUGAGAACAUGGAACAGAAGACAGAGCAUCUCCUUGAAAAACACAGUGAGGACAAAGAGAUUUACAAUUGCCCWGUGUGUGAGAAGACCUACUCAAACUUGUCAUAUCUAAGAGAGCACAUCCAGACACAUUCAGUAGAUGCCUUCAAAUGUCCUGAGUGUCAAAAGCAAUUUUCAUCCAAGAGUAAUCUUCACAAACACAUYCGAAAACACAGCCCAAACUAUGUUCCAGCAAAGGACAAGAGAAGAAAUGGACAACGAGAAAAAAGACACGAGUGUCAUGAAUGUGAGAAAAAAUUUGAUACCCCACAUGGUUUGGAGGUUCAUAUUCGUUCACAUACCGGUGAACGACCAUUUGAGUGUGAUCUUUGUCACUGGAAAUUCUCGCAAAAACCUCAUCUUAAACGUCACAUCAACACCGUUCAUCGCAGUGAAGGUGAUAAACCAACAACUCCCAAGUCAUUACCCCCAGCAGAGCUACCCAAGACAUGUGAAUUGUGUAACAAGGUAUAUGCCAACUCCAGAGUACUGCGUGUACAUCUACAGUCAGUACACCAGAAAGAACGACCACACAAGUGUAACUAUUGUGAGACAACAUUCACACAACGAGGGCACUUGUGGCGCCACAAACACUCUUUUCAUCCCAACUGUGAAGAGGUACAGAAGAAGAUUCAGACAUCAGGCUGUGUUUGUAAGGUUGAUGACUGUAAGCAAGCUUUUCCAAGUCAAACUGAGCUAUUAAGUCACAUGUCRGCAGCCCAUGCAGCUAGUUGGCCUUACAUCUGUGAGAAAUGUGAUGCAACAUUUGCCAAUAGCAGCAAUUUAAGGAAACAUAUACGUCGUCGACAUGCAGAAGAAGAAGGAAUGGAGAAACCAUUUACAUGYGAGACUUGCAGCAAAGAGUUUGACUCAAUGUACAAACUUACGCAGCACAAACGAACUCAUACUGRAGAAAAAGACUUCAAAUGCGAUCUAUGUGGGCAGAAUUUUGUCCAGAAAUCAGGUCUUAGGAAGCAUAUUAGAUGCAGACGAUGUCCUAAGAUUGAUGGAAGCCCUAUACGCCAGUUGUCCAAGAAGAAGUAUGAAUGCGAGGAGUGUUCGCGUGUGUUUCCUGGCCCAUCUGAUCUCAGGUCUCAUCUACGAACUCACACUGGYGAGAAACCGUUUGAAUGCGGCAAGUGUCACAAGAAAUUCAGCCAAACUGGCAACCUCACCAAACACAUCAAAUAUGUCCAUCAAAAACUUCAAAGACCAAAAGACAAGCCCCGUGAAAAGAAAUUUCACUGUAGUUUAUGUGGUAAAGCCUUUGCAUGUCCAAGCAGCCUGGCAAUGCAUUGUCGCACUCACACUGGCAACAAACCUUUUAAGUGUGACAAAUGUGAAGCAGCGUUCGCMCAACAGGGCAACUUAAAAAAGCAUCUUAAAAGAUGGCACAAUCCCGAUGGCAGUUCGACACCAAAACGGAGAAGAAAGAAGAAGGGUGAAGCUUCUAGUCAACCUGAUCCUGUCAGUGAGGGACUGGACCAAAGUGGUGGUGUUACCAUGGAAAACAUCGGAGACAAUGACACCAACCAAUCACAAGCUUUGACUGAAAGUAAUGACGUUGAGAAUCAAAAUCAAGUCGACGAAGGCACAAAUGAAGGUAGCGCAGAGGAACGUGCUCGAGCAGAACAAACAGCCAUUGCCUCUAUACUAACCUCAAUCAACUCAGAAGCGUUCUUAAACCCUAGAGGAUUCACUCCACUGAAUACACCUACUCAAGGGUUCUUUAUCUCUCCUAUCCCACAAGUACCUUCAACUUUAGGUCCCGCUAUGACUAGGGCCUCAAUUAUUAUGACCCCAAAUGGUUCAGCGCAGAUACAAGUCCCCCCGACAAUAAUAACAACCAACCAACCAACCAGCAGUAUAGAUACUAGGGUGAAUUCAAUUUUUGUACCGCCAUUUGCAUCUACUACGGUACCUCAGGUUGCACCCCAGGGAUCCACAGACAGUACUCAGGCAAGCCCUUCGAUAUUGCCUCAUGUGAACACAAUAUUAAGUCCUCAGAUGAACCCACCUCAUUUUGGUCCUCAUACCAGUGUCGGUCAAGUACCGGAAGUGACUUUGUAUCCUUUCUCGCCCACGUCGUUGUUUCAACAUUAAGCUCACGUCCUUGUCCCCAGGCCACUCCAUAGAUGUCCUCUUAUUUUAUCCGCUGGACAAGGAUUGAGAAUAACGCYUUUCGCCUUCAAUACAACCAGCCCUAGGAGAUGAAUUUACGACGAUAAUUUGCUCCAGGCAAAGCAGAUGUGUCUGAAAAUUCACAAAGGAUACUAACAAACCCCAAGUGAUAAAAUGUACUCAUAUUGUAAUCGUUUAUUGAAAUAAAAGCAGUUAUUUUUACCUU